UUCGACCUCACACUACACCGGCAUGUCUAAGUGGAUCAAACUCGCCGCACUCACCGCCCUCGGCGUCUUCUUCACCGCCGCCGAUGCUCGCCCCGCUCCCUUCGACGCGGGCGCGGACGCACACUCCCUGCACACCAGGGCCCCGACUGGCAGCAAGGAUGUCAUCAUCCAGAUGUUCGAGUGGACCUGGGACAGUGUCGCUUCCGAGUGCACCAACUUCAUUGGUCCCGCAGGCUAUGGCUUCGUGCAAGUGAGCCCGCCCCAGGAGACUAUUCAGGGCGACCAGUGGUGGACCGACUACCAGCCGGUGUCGUACAUCCUCACCUCCAAGCGGGGGAGUCGCACCUCGUUUGCGAACAUGAUCACCACCUGCCACGCCGCCGGCGUGGGCGUCAUCGUCGACACCAUCUGGAACCACAUGGCCGGCGUCGACUCCGGCACCGGUAUUGCGGGUUCCUCCUUCACGCACUACGUUUACCCCGGCAUCUACCAAAACCAGGACUUCCACCACUGCGGCUUGGAGCCCGGAGAUGAUAUCGUCAACUACGACAACGCCGUCGAAGUCCAGACCUGCGAACUCGUCAACCUCGCUGACCUCGCGACCGACACCGAGUAUGUGCGGGGCCGUCUCGCGCAGUACGGCAACGACCUCCUCUCGUUGGGUGCUGAUGGCCUGCGUCUUGACGCUUCCAAACACAUUCCCGUCGGCGACAUCGCGAACAUUCUGUCGCGUUUGAACCGCACGGUCUACAUCACCCAGGAAGUCAUCUUCGGAUCCGGCGAACCCAUCACGCCCAACCAGUACACCGGUAACGGCGACGUUCAGGAGUUCCGUUACACCUCCGCGCUGAAGGAUGCUUUCUCGGGCUCAGGUAUCUCUAGCCUCCAGGACUUCGAGAACCGCGGCUGGGUACCCGGCACAGGUGCCAAUGUGUUCGUCGUUAACCACGACACGGAGCGGAACGGCAACUCGCUGAACAACAACUCGCCCUCGAACACCUACGUGACCGCGAUGAUCUUCUCGCUCGCGCACCCGUACGGGACGCCCUCGAUCCUGUCCAGCUACACCGGCUUCACGAACACGGACCUCGGCGCGCCGAACGGCGGCACGGGCACCUGCUCGGGCAGCGGCGGUACGAACGGCUGGCUCUGCCAGCACCGCUGGACCGCCGUCGCCGGCAUGGUCGGCUUCCGCAACCAGGUCGGCAGUGCUGCGCUCAACAACUGGGUCGCGCCGCAGUCCCAGCAGAUCGCAUUCGGCCGUGGCUCGCUUGGCUUCGUCGCGAUCAACAACGCUGACUCUGCUUGGACCUCGACCUUCACAACUUCCCUUCCCGACGGCACGUACUGCGACGUUGUCAGCGGUCAGACCUCCGGCACCACAUGCACUGGAUCUUCGUUCACCGUCUCCAGCGGCUCCCUGUCCGCUACCGUCCCUGCGCGCAGCGCAAUUGCCGUGCACACCGGACAGCUCGGAACGGGUUCCGGCUCGGGUACUGGCUCAGGCGGCAGCACUACCCCCAGCGGCUCCGUCACCGUCAACUUCGCCGAGACGGCGACGACCACCUUCGGCGAGAACAUCUUCCUCGUCGGUAGCAUCGCCCAGCUCGGGACCUGGAACACGGCGAACGCGAUCGCCCUUUCCUCCGCGUCGUACCCCACAUGGACCGUGUCGGUGAGCAUCCCUGCGGGCACGACGUUCCAGUACAAGUUCAUCCGCAAGGAGACGGACGGUAGCGUCGUCUGGGAGUCGGACCCGAACCGCCAGGCCACCGCGCCCGCCUCCGGCACCAGCACCCUCUCCGGGAGCUGGCGAUGAUCCCCCGUAACUUAUCACAUAUACCACAUUCAAAUCAAUGCAUCGCCCGGACGCGCGAGUAGUACAGUGUAUAUUGUAUAGCUAGCGUGUGUACAUAUACCCCGAAAAGCC